AUGGCAGAGACUCUCGAGAAGCCAACGGCGACCGAGAUCGAAGCAUCCUCGAGCACGGUGCGUGAAGAGCAGGAUCCUAUCGAUCCAAAGGCAGAGAGACAGCUUGUCAGGAAGAUAGACUGGCAACUUAUCCCGGUUCUAUUUUUCCUUUUGAUGGCUGCGUUCCUGGAUCGCAUUAACAUUGGCAACGCUCGUUUGCUGGGAUUGGAGGAUGAUCUCGGUAUGAGGGGAAACGACUUCAACAUUGCUCUGUUCAUGUUCUUCAUUCCCUACAUCCUCCUGGAGGUUCCCUGCAAUCUCAUCAUGAAAAAGGUCCGACCUUCAAUCUGGCUAAGUGGAUUGAUAUUGGGAUUCGGGAUUACCACUAUCUGUCAAGGAUUGACACAGAACUUUGCCGGCCUUGUCGUAUGUCGAAUCUUUGUUGGAGUAUUUGAAGCGGGCUAUUUCCCGGGUGCCAUCUAUUUAAUCUCGAUGUACUACAAGAGGUACGAACUGCAACUUCGCAUCAAUGUUUUCUUUUCCUCCAGCGUCUUCGCUGGCGCAUUCAGCGGUUUGCUUGCUUACGGAAUCGGCCACAUGGAUAAUGUGCGUGGCUACAGCGCUUGGAGGUGGUUGUUCAUCCUUGAAGGAGUGGCCACAGUGCUCCUUGCUUUGGUAUCCUACUUCAUCAUUCCCGACUGGCCAGAGAACGCCAAAUUCCUGCAACCUGGAGAAACUGUCCUGCUCCGUCGGCGACUUUUGGAAGACUCGGGACCUGCACAGAUGGACACAUACGACCGAAAAGCGACUAGACGGGUCUUCCUUGAUCCAAAGCUAUACCUAGGCUUCUUGAUGUUCCUUAGCGUUACUGUUACUGGAUAUUCGAUCUCACUCUUCACACCCACCAUUCUACACGGUUUCGGCUGGAGUGCACUCAGAACUCAGGUGAUGACGAUCCCAAUCUACAUAACUGCGGGAUGCUUGACCAUUAUUGUGGCCGUCUUUUCGGACCAUGCGCAUCACCGCUAUGGGUUCGCGAUUGCUGGUCUCGCAGUUUCAACGGUCGGGUAUAUUAUCUUGCUCGUGUCUCAUACGAGUCUCGGGGUGCGAUACACGGCUAUAUUCUUCACAGCUACAGGAGCUUAUAUCGCACUUCCUAUCACAAUCACGUGGGUCAACAACAAUAUGGGAGGACAUUACAAGCGUGCAGUUGCUGCCGGUUUCCAGAUUGGGCUGGGCAACUGUGGAGGCAUCAUUGGGAGCAACAUCUAUCUCAGAGGUGAGGCACCGUUCUAUCUCACAGGAUACUCGACAGGUCUGUCAUUCAUAUGUUUGGGCAUCGCUAGCUGUACCGCAUUUCUGGCCGUAUGCUUUUUCGAGAACAAGAAGCGGGAGAGAGGCGAAAGAGACUACCUGUAUGAGCUCCCACAGGAGGAGCUGGCGAAUCUUGGAGAUGAUCAUCCCUCUUUUAGGUAUACAUAUUGA